AUGACUCAUGUUAUCAUGUCAGGUCCUAUUCCUAACGAUAACUGGCUCCAUUUCUAUCAACAAACCCAAUUCUCCGGCGCUCAAGAGAUGCUCCCAUCGCCUGUUUCCGAGGCUACAACCGUCACAACCACCGCGGCGCCGGCCCAGUUGAGCCCAGAGGGACGGGUGUCGAAGCCCAUGAGGCGGCGUUCCCGGGCCUCGAGGAGAACACCGACGACUCUGCUGAACACGGACACGACCAAUUUCCGGGCCAUGGUGCAACAGUUCACUGGCGCUCCUUCUGCGCCUGAUCUGUUUGGGCCGUCGCGUCCAGUGCCUGUGAACCCAAAUGGGUUCAUGCUGACCGCUUCUCACUCUGUUCACCACCACCAACAGCUCCUUUAUCAGCAGCAGCACUACCCAACAACAUACACGGAAGGAGGAGACGGCGGUUUAUUUGAGAGACUGAGCAACCCAACAGCAACAGCAACAAAUGAUGGAGGUGGGGUUUUGAUGGAGCACGGUGGGCGUUUCUUGCCAACUACUUCUUCUUCUUGA